UUAUUGUUAUUUCCAUUCCAGACUCAGACUUCCAUCCAGAGACGCGAGACGCCAGAUUGGCCGAUUGGCUCUAAAUAAUAUAGUAGAUAGUAUAAAGUUAAAGCACAGUUUUUUUGCUUAUCCGGUUAAAGUAUAAAGUGUGGUGGUCUGUGUUUGUCUGAGAAAAUGUCUGUUGAUGUAAGGAGCUUGAAGCAAAGCUUGAGGAAACUAGAAUUUCCUCAGUGCUCAAAAGAAGCCCUGCACAAAAUAAACGAAUUAAUGUGCAGUCGAAUGGCAACAAGUGUGAAUAAGAAUAUAGAUAUAAAGAAUAUGGAUAUAGCCCUGAACCUCAUGGCAGAAUUCAUUUUUUUAGAAGUAGAUAGACGAGGUGAAAAAAGACCACAACCUCUAAAUCCUCUUGUAGAGCUCCAAUUAGUUAAAACAUUGUAUGAUUAUUUUGAUUCAGUGCCUAGUGAAUCUGCUAGGAACACUGUCUUUCUUUCAUUAUUUAGUGGUACAACAGCAAACUCGAGGAUACAGGUGCUUUCCAAGUUAGUGUCCCUUGCGAUAGGCAUUCCUUCUACAAAAAUUUUAGUAUCUGCAAGGGCAUGGAUGCAGCAGAUAGGAAACAGUUCUCAAAAUAGUUGCAAAUUGGCUGACGCAAUAGUUCAAGACUAUUUUUACUUUUAUAAAACUAAUCUAGAUAAGAUUACAUUAUUGCCGAAGAUUUGUCCACAGUUUACUGCAAAUGUCAUAACUGCCAUUACAGAGAACUAUUAUAAUGCUAGAAUGAAAGAAAUAGUAUUUCCACCAGAUAAUCUGAUAGAAACUAUUACGAAAUGGUUAUCAGAAAAUCCAAGUCUGUGUAAUGCAGCGCAGCAAAAACAAGCUUUGCUUCCAGCAGGAGCUAUUUCAAUGGAGGCUCAAACACCCAUAGCAGGUCUUGUACGAUGGUGUGUCCUUGCGCCCAUUUAUAAAAAGGACAAUGAAUAUUAUAACAAACUACAUUUAGCAUUACUAACUAGUAUAAUGGAAAUACCCAAAUCAGUUCCACCAAAAGCAGUAAAUGUUCAAGAUUUGAUCAUACCUAUUAACCCAAUUUUAGCGUAUGUCAACGAGUUGAAACACAAACAAGAAUUGAAACUAGCUCAAAUCUUAAAUGAAGACUCCCUACAACUCUGUUUAGAUAGAUUUGCUCAGAUUGUACAGGUUGCACAGUCAGUCAAAGCCAUCUACGGUCAUAUUGACGAUCUUUACUAUAAACUUAAAAUGUUGCCUUUUAACAAACUAAUGAAUAUUGUGAUCAAUAAUUAUAACAAAGAAAAAAUAAUUGUUUUAUAAAUUAGUUUGUAAUAUUAUAUUAUUAAUAUUAUACAGGUUGUUUCAUUAAGAAUUGUCCAUAUAGUAACUGAAGAAACCUUAUCACAAAAUACAAAGAUUUAACUUAAAACACUUAAAGAAAAUAUUCUUCCUUACCGAGAUACAGGGUGUUUUAUUUCAAAUAUUCUAAAAUGAUUUUAGCCCAUUGCUUUAACAACUUUCAAUAUUUUUUGUUUAAACUUGACAAACAGUCUACACAUGUUAAGAUACUUUAACUGGUGUUAAAAGAUCGUUUUCUGCUGUUACCAGAGACAUGCUGUAGGGAUAUACACUUCAUUUUCCCGCUCUUCCCCCUCACAAUCUACGCCACUGUCGUAAUAAUCAUUUCAGCAUGAUUUGUUGAUUCUUCGUUACUUUUUACGUAAAUAUCAUCUCUUGUCUCAAUCCUAUAGAGUAAGUAGUUUUUAAGUUAUUUGAGUUUAAAGGUAAUGGAUUCAAUAAGAUUAUGUAUUUUAAACACGAUAAUCUAUUGAAUGUUGUUUAAAAUACAUACAGUCGGAAAAAUGAAAGAAUACCCAUGAACGAUCACAUCAAUCGCUUAUUUUGUAUUUGCUGUCUUUUUCUAUAACAAACAUUUGUUAUUUAUAGAAAAGACAGCAAAUACAAAAUAAGUGAUUGAUGUGAUUGUUCAUGGGUAUUCUUUCAUUUUUCCGACUGUAAUCUUUAUCGAAUCCAUUAUCUUUAAACGCAAAUAACUUGAAAACUACUUACUCUAUCGCAUUAAGACAAAAGGAUGAUAUUUACGUAAAAAGUAACGAAGAAUCAAAAAACAUGCUGAAAUUAUUAUUACGACAUGGCGUAGAUUGUGAGGGGGAAAAUGAAGUAUAUAUCCCUACAGCACGCCUCUGGUAAUAGCAGAAAACUAUCAUUUAAUACUAGUUAAAGUAUGUUAACAUGUGUAAACUAUUUGUCAAGUUUGAACAAAAACUAUUGAAAGUUGUUAAAGCCGUGGGCUAAACCCAUUUUAGAAUAUUUGAAAUAAAACACUUUGUAUCUCGGUAAGGAGGACUAUUUUAUUAAAGUGUUUUAGGUUAAGUCUUCGUAUUUUGUGCUAAGGUUUCUCCAGUUACUAUAUGGACAAUUCUUAAUGAAACACCCAGUAUAUUAAUAUUAUAAUUUUUUAUUAUUUCUUAUUAUGUAAGAAUAAAUUUGUGUUUUUUAUCUUUUCGUUAAAUAUUAUUAAUAUUAUAUAUUAAUAUUAUAUUUUCUAUUAUAAACUGCGCGUCAUAGAAAACGGGCACCCUAAAAAAUGGGUAAUUUUUGAGGUUGCGUAUCUCCUAAACCUUUUGUCCGAUUUCAGUAAUUUUUUGAAUAUGUUAUAGCCUUGUUCUUUGUCAAUAUCCCUGUAAUAAUAUUUUUGCUAAACAGGUAAAUUUUCAUUGUAUACCGGGUGUACGAAUCAAACUGUGUUUUUUUCUCAAAGUUCGCAGCAUCCUGUGGAAUAUCCUAGCAUUUAUAAAAUAAUGAAAUUAAAACUCAACUAUAGCCUGAGGUUUUCUUAACAUCUUGUUUUUUUAUUCAUUCGCUUAUGUUGGAUAAUACAAAAGUUAGGUACUUUAACAAUUAGCCAUGUUCUUUUUCAGUACAGGGUGUUUCUAAACAAGUGCGACAAACUUUAAGGGGUAAUUCUGCAUUAAAAAAUAAUGACGGUUUGCUUUAUAAUCGUAUGUCCGCAAAUGCUUCGUUUGCGAGAUACGGGAUGUUGAAUUUUUUCUUACAAACUCACGAUUUAUUUAUUGCUUUAAAACCGGUUGAGAUAUGCAAAUGAAAUUUGGUGGAUUUUAAGACGUAGUUAUUGCACACUUUUUGACAUACAAUUAAGAAUUUCAUAUUCACCAUUGGCGUGCAUACGGGUAAUAUGAUCGGUCAUUUUACCCAUAUGCACGCCAAUAGUGAAUAUAAAAUUCUUGAUUGCAAGUCAAAAAAUUCACAAUAACUAUGUCUUAAAACCCACCAAAUUUCAUUUGCAUAUCUCAGCCGGUUUUAGGGCAAUAAAAUAAAUCAUCAGUUUGUAAAAAAAUUUAACAUCCCGUAUCUCGUAAACGAAGCAUUUGCGGACAUAAGUUUAUAAAGCAAACGGUCAAUAUUUUUUCAUGCAGAAUUGCCCCUUAAAGUUUGUCGCACUUAUUUACAAACAACCUAUACUGAUGAAGAACAUGACUAGUUGUUAAAGUACAUAACUUUUGUAUUAUCCAACAUAAGAGAAUGAAUCACAAAACAGAAUGUUCAGAAAACCUGUGGCUAUAGUCGGGAUUUCAUUUCAGUAUUUUAUAAAGUCUAGAAUAUUCCACAGGGUGUUGAGAACUUUGAGAAAAAAACACAGUUUGAUUCGUACACCCGGUAUACAAUGAAAAUUUACCUGUUUAGCAAAAAUAUUAUUACAAGGAUAUUUGCAAAGAAUAAGGCUAUAGCAUAUUCAAAAAAUCACUUAAAUUGGACAACAGGAGAUACGCGGCAUCAAAAAUGUUUUUAGGGUGCCCGUUUUCUAUGACGUGCAGUGUAUAAUCUUUAACUACUUGUAUGAAUAAAUUUGUGUUUUUUA